CCUCCCUCCCUCCCCCCCCCUCCCUUCUGCUUCCUUGGCUCUUGAGAUCAAAGCUCAUAUUUUUUGUGGUAGUUUAGAUCGAUAACUGGGAGUUCUGGGUGUGUUGUUCUCACUUGAUUUGUUAGGUUUUGCUUUGAUUUUUUUUUCCUUUUCUUUCCAUGUGGUACGGAUGAUUUUUGGCCAAAUGUUCUCCUUGGUUCUGUCCGACGUGAUCCGUGGAAGAAAUAUGGGUUUUUUCUUGAUUCAUUGUUGUCAAAACCUCAUCUUCCGUUGAUUUGUCCAAGAGAAGAGGGUUUUUUAUUAGCACUUAUGGUGUAGAUCUAAGCCUGCUGCCAUGUGAAACGAAUAGAAAGGGGCGGUAGAUGGAAGGUUGAAGCCUUUUCUUACCUUGUUCUUGCUAUUUUCGUUAGCUACUGUUGGAGUUGAUCUACAGAUCUGAUCGAUUUCUUGCUUUUUCUGCUUACCCUAAGUUGGAAGGAAGGGGGAGUGACGAAAGAUCGAAUUAAUCGUAGUCUAUAGCCAUGACUUAUUUCCCGGAGGAGGUGGUGGAGCACAUCGUCGACUUCCUUGGCUCACACGGGGACCGCAACGCGGUGUCGACGGUGUGCAAGGCGUGGUAUCAGGUGGAUCGGCUUAGCCGCCGGAGCGUAUUCGUCGGCAACUGCUAUGCCAUCCGGCCCGAGCGAGUGGUGACGAGGUUCCCUGAGAUGAAGUCGCUGACUGUCAAGGGGAAGCCCCAUUUCGCCGAUUUCAACCUGGUCCCCUAUGAUUGGGGCGGCUUCGCGCAGCCGUGGAUCGAGGCCGCCGCACGAGGCUGCCCGGGCCUCGAGGAGCUGCGGUUCAAAAGGAUGGUGGUCACUGAUGAUGACCUUGAGCUCCUUGCACGUUCCUUCCCCAACUUCAAAUCUCUUGUUCUCGUCAGCUGCGAGGGGUUUAGUACCGACGGGCUCGCUGCGAUUGCCACUUAUUGCAGAGGUCUUAGGGAGUUGGAUUUACAGGAAAAUGAGGUGGAAGACCAUGGCCGCCAAUGGCUCAGUUGCUUCCCUGAUUCCUGUACUUCUCUCGUGUCCCUGAACUUUGCCUGCCUCAAAGGAGAGGUCAAUGCAAGCGCCCUGGAGAGGCUCGUCGCUAGGUGCCCAAACCUCAGGAGCUUGAAGCUUAAUCAUUCAAUAUCUGUGGAGUCACUGAACAAGAUCCUUGCUCGUGCGCCUCAUUUGGUUGAUCUUGGAACUGGUUCGUUCGCAAUUGACAACCGUAGCGAAACUUAUCACAGGCUGAUCAAUUCCUUCUUUAAAUGCAAGUCGUUGAGGAGCUUGUCAGGUUUUUGGGAUGCUUCUCCUUUCUGCCUGCAGGCACUGUAUCCCGUCUGUACUAACCUCACUGUUCUCAAUUUGAGCUAUGCUCCAGCAAUUCAGAGUGCUGAUCUUACCAAGCUGAUUGGCCUUUGUUUUAAGCUUCAGAAGCUUUGGGUGUUGGAUUGCAUUGGGGACAAAGGAUUAGCAGUUGUGGCAUCCACUUGUAAAGAGUUGCAGGAGCUGAGGGUAUUUCCAUCUGAUAUCUAUGGUGCUGGAAUCACUGCCGUGACCGAAGAGGGUCUGGUUGCUAUAUCUUCAGGAUGUCCAAAGCUUAACUCAUUGCUGUACUUUUGCUAUCAAAUGACAAAUUCUGCACUUACAACUGUUGCAAAGAACUGCCCGCAUUUCACUCGAUUCAGAUUAUGCAUCCUCGAACCGGAGAAGCCAGACCCUGUCACUAAUCAGCCACUUGAUGAAGGUUUUGGGGCAAUUGUCCGUUCGUGUAAAAAUCUCAGGAGGUUGUCGGUAUCUGGUCUUUUAACAGAUCAGGUUUUCCUAUAUAUUGGCAUGUAUGCCGAACGCCUGGAGAUGCUGUCGAUUGCAUUUGCUGGAGAUAGUGACAAGGGGAUGGUAUACGUGCUCAACGGAUGCAAGAAUCUCAGAAAACUUGAAAUAAGGGAUUGCCCAUUCGGAGAUGCUGCACUUCUGAAGGACGUGGCCAAGUAUGAGACAAUGCGAUCCCUUUGGAUGUCGUCCUGUGAUGUUACCUUAGGAGGUUGCAAGGCUCUUGCAGCAAAAAUGCCGAGGCUUAAUGUGGAGAUUAUAAAUGAAAACAAUGGCACCUGUGAAUCCAAGGAAAAUCUUAGUGAUCUCCACAAGGUGGAGAAGAUGUACUUUUAUCGGACCGUGGCUGGGCCAAGAAAUGAUGCACCAGAUUUUGUUUGGACACUAUAGGGUUGGCUGGAACAGCUUGUGUUGUGCAAGAAUCGGUGCUCCCACCUCUCUGCUGUAUGAAAGUGCAGAGCUGCCGGAUCAGGACCUCAGGCUGCGCUAUCACGAGUUUACUGGGCGGCUUUGUUGAAUGACUGCUUUCUGGCUUUCCAUGUUGGUGAUUGGACGUAGAAGCCAAAUCCAGAUCUUGCUCGAGGGCAUCACUAACAGCCCUCUCUUGAGUUCCACGAAUCCUAGCCAAGAGUUCAACUGAUGAUAGUGCUUUACCAGUUGAAGCUCCAGCUGAGAAACCAGGAGGCCUACUAGCAGAUCCUUCACUGGGCUUCCCAGGGCCCAGCAGCUGUGUAUUUAAAGUAGAUCCAAACCUAUUACGGGUAGAUGAUGGAGCCCCAGCAGCGCCAGCUCUUCCAGUCCAUGUGGGAACAGCAAAACUUUCACGACUUCGAAGCAUUCGUGACUCCCGCAAGGCUUGAGCUGCCCUCUGUGCUACUUGGGAAGCUUGCUCCUCCAUCUUCAUCUUAAAAUCCUCAUUAGCAUUCAUAAUGGCAUCAUGGUUCAUUGCACUCUAAGAAGAAAAAUCAAACCCAAA